AGCAACCCCUCCGCGCCUUCCAUCGUGGCCGUCAGGAACCCACUCGGUUCACGGGCUCACGGCCGCUGACUCGCUUUCUUCCUGCGAGUCUGCAUCGAGAAGCUUCCAUCCCGCCCAUCGAUCGAGCCAGUGAAUCUGCCAUUGGAGCGCAAGUACGUCGCGGGUGGACGGAUCGGUCGGGGGACCUUUUGGGACCACGGAAACCGCGCGGGGGCGACGUGGGCGCACGGCGCGUGCAACCAAACCCGGAGACGGCACUUUACUCGCUCAGACACUCGCCCUCGCCGUGCGUGCGUAUGGAGGGGGACGUAGCCGCGCCCUGCGCCACGAGUCGCCGGGGCGCGCCCCGCGUGCCACGCGAUCGCCGCAAAAUAUCGGCCGGCGGCCACGGAGGAUUCAUUCACCUGACCAGCUGAGCCGCUGGUCGGUCGGUCAGUUGGUUCCUUCGUUCCCGCGCUCGCCUCCUCCCCACGCUGUCUCCGCCGCGCGACUUUACAAGCGCGUCCGGCGGCGGCUGGGGCCGUGGCGGGCAGGCAGGAGCAGCAGCAGCAUGUCGCUUGAUCUCCUCUCUGGGAGGUUUCUGUUCUCUUCCUGCGCCGCUCCGAAGCUCCCCAGCAAGAGAAGGAUCACGUUUCUCGCUGCCGGUGCUGGGGCAUCGUCGUCGCCGCCGUCAAGGUCGAGGUCGAGGUCGAGGUCGAGGUCACCGGGUACCUCCUCUCUCCGGCAAAGGCGUGUGCGAGCUGCGCCGUCGGUUCCCAGCAAGCAGGCGCCCCGACCUGCCGUCAGCACCAGCGGCACGGCGAGGAGGCGGUGGCGGAGUAGGAAGGUUGAGGAAGAGCAAGGGGGAGGAGAGGGAGGCGAGUGCGUGCCGUCGACGGAGGAGGCGUCCAUAAGCGUGGGGACGCUGUACCAGAACGGCGACCCGCUGGGGAGGAAGGAGCUCGGCCGGUGCGUGGUGGAGUGGCUGAGGCAGGGCAUGCGGUCCAUGGCGUCCAAGUUCGCCGCGGCCGAGCUGCAGGGCGACGCGGGGGACCUCGCCGCCGCUGCAUUGGCUCUGGAGUGGGGAUCGGCGGAGGGCAGGUUUGGGUUCGUGAUCCAGGCGCAGCCUUACCUCUCGGCUAUCCCCAUGCCCCAGGGCCUGGAGGCGCUCUGCCUCAAGGCUUGCACGCACUAUCCCACCCUGUUCGACCAUUUCCAGCGCGAGCUCCGCGACGUCCUGCUGGGUUACCAGAACCGGGGGCUCAUCUCCGACUGGCAAUCUACUCAGUCGUGGAGGAUUUUGAAGGAAAUGGCUAAUUCUUCGCAGCACCGGGCUGCCGUGCGCAGGACAGUGCCACGGCCUAAAGCCGUGCACAGCAGCAUUGGCGUAAGCCUUAACAAAAUAAGGCUGAUGCAGGACAGAAUUGAAGAAUUUGUUAGGCAUAUGUCAGAUCUUCUUCGCAUCGAGCGAGAUGUGGAACUGGAGUUUACACAGGAGGAGCUGAAUGCCACUCCCAUGCUCGAUGACAAUUCUGAGCCACCCAAGCCGGUCGAGUACCUGGUUAGCCAUGGGCAGGCUCAGCAGGAGCAGUGCGACACCAUUUGCAACUUGAAUGUGAUCAGCAGCUCAACUGGGCUGGGAGGCCUACAUUUGGUCUUAUUCAGAGUUGAAGGUGGGCAUAAGCUGCCUCCAACUACUUUAUCUCCUGGGGACAUGGUUUGUGUGAGAACAUGUAAUAGCCGUGGUGAGGGUGCCACUUCUUGCAAGCAAGGCUUUGUUUAUAAUCUUGGGGAAGAUAGUUGCAGCAUAACCGUGGCUCUGGAAUCACGCCAUGGUCAUGCUACCUUCUCCAGGCUGUUCGGAAAAAGUGUGCGCAUUGACCGAAUUCAGGGACUGGCUGAUGCUCUUAUAUAUGAGCGCAAUCUUGAAGCGUUAAUGCUUCUUCAAAGGAAUGGUUUGCACAAAGAUAAUGUUUCCAUUGGCGUGGUAGCAACACUGUUUGGGGACAGCAAAAGCUUGGUGAAGACUAACCUGACUGACUGGGAUGAAUCGAGUGGACUUGAUCUGAGGCUAUCAGAGAGGUAUGCAUAUGAUGCCUCCCAAUUAAGGGCUCUCAAAUUAGGCUUGAACAAAAAGAGGCCCGUUCUAAUCAUCCAAGGGCCUCCCGGCACGGGCAAGACAAUCUUGCUCACUGAGCUCAUUGUACGUGCUGUCCAGCAGGGUGAGCGUGUACUUGUGACAGCUCCAAGCAAUGCGGCAGUCGAUAACCUGGUUGAAAGGUUGUCAAGCACUGGCUUGAACAUUGUGCGAGUUGGAAACCCUGUUCGGCUAUCACCAUCUGUCGCUUCAAAAUCCUUGGGAGAGAUUGUGAAUGGCAGGCUUAGACAAUUCAGGAAAGAGCUUGGGAGAAAGAGGACAGACUUAAGAAAGGACCUGAGACAUUGCAUAGAGGAUGAUUCUUUAGCCGCCGGCAUUCGCCAACUGCUGAAGCAACUCGGAAGGGAUCUGGAAAUGAAAGAAAAGGAAACAAUCAGGGAAGUGCUAUCCGAUGCACAGGUUGUACUAUCUACUAACACAGGGGCAGCUGAUCCACUUAUCAGGGGAACUGGUUGCUUUGACUUGGUAAUUAUAGAUGAAGCCGGACAAGCGAUUGAGCCAUCCUGCUGGAUACCUAUAUUGCAGGGAAAACGCUGUAUUCUUGCUGGUGAUCACUGCCAGCUUGCACCCGUUAUAUUGUCGAGGAGGGCCUUGGAUGGUGGGCUUGGUAAAUCUUUAUUGGAAAGAGCUUCAUCGUUGCACGAUGAAUUACUGACUACAAGACUGACAGUCCAGUACAGAAUGCAUGAUUCGAUAGCCAUGUGGGCAUCUAACGAGAUGUACCAUGGGUUGCUCAAAUCCUCUCGUUCGGUUGCUUCGCAUCUUCUUGCCGACUCUGCAGUUGUCAAGGCUACUUGGAUAACACGGUGCCCACUGCUUUUACUCGAUACCCGGAUGCCAUAUGGAGCCCUAAACAUUGGUUGCAAGGAGCAUUUAGACCCUGCUGGCACAGGCUCAUUUUAUAAUAAAGGAGAAGCAGAUAUAGUCACACAGCAUGUUCUUAAUCUUGUACAUUGUGGAGUGUCUCCAACUGUAAUAGCUGUUCAGUCGCCCUACAUUGCUCAAGUGCAAUUGUUAAGAAAGAAGCUGGAAGAAUAUCCAGGGCUUUCGGCUGUAGAGGUUUCAACCAUAGAUAGCUUUCAGGGGAGGGAGGCAGAUGCAGUUGUCAUAUCAAUGGUUCGCUCGAAUCCACUUGGAGCUGUGGGGUUCUUGGGUGACAGCAGGCGCAUCAAUGUGGCUAUCACAAGGGCACGCAAGCAUGUCACUGUGGUUUGUGAUACCUCUACUAUUUGUCACAGCACCUUCCUGGCCAGGCUCCUUCGUCAUAUCAGGCGGUAUGGGCAAGUAAAACACGUUGCCCCUGGUUCCUUGGAUGGGGUUUCUGGCCUUGGCUUCAAUCAACCUACUCUCCCCUCUAUCAGUUAACAUCGAGGAGAAAUUACGACCUUUAUGACAAGCACUCCGUUUGAGCGUGUACAUAUGCAAAGAGCAAAAGGCUUUGUGCAUAAACAAGGAAUUGAAGGCUGAGAAAUCAUAAGGCUCGUUCUGUAUCUAUCUGUGAAGAGGAUAUAAACAGUGAUUCAUGGAUAGACAACGAAGCUCUUCGUGAGGUGUGGUUGACUUGAUGCAUGGACAAUCUGUUGUUGAACUUAACUGAGGCAAGUCGGUCUUGCAGUUUUUUUGAACUGAUGCACAGGGGGAUGAAUAUUCAGGAAGAGGAAAACUUCAAUUUCCUGGGCACCUCUAACCUGUUGCUUGCCGGCUCAUGUUCCUGUAAAUGCUGUAUAGUUGACAAGGACACGGGAUACCUAAUACAGGUUACAGACAUGUGUAUAGUAAAUUGACAAUUCAUAAUUCAUAAUUCGCAAUGGAAUUGGAGCAAAAAUUAUGUUUUUCA